CCAAUACAAUUCGGUCGAUCGAGUGCCGAAAUAUUCCUUUCGAGAAACGAUACACCAAUCUUUGUUUGUAAUUGUAUUACAAACCCUAAAAACCCUCUGCGUUGCAGAUCUGAAACAAUCAUGUCGACGAAUCUACCUGUUGAGUUGAUCGAGAAAAUCUUACGUCGAUUGCCGCCGAAGUCUCUCUUUCGCUUCAAGAGCGUGUCAAAAUCGUGUCGGGACCUGAUUCAGAGCCCUGAUUUCGUCAAUUCUCAUCUCAAACGAUCACCCCAAAGAAUUCUGGUUCUCAAUAACUUUGAUGAUAAAAAGAUUAAAAAGAUCCACUUCUUCGAUAGAGCCCUGGAAAAUUUUGUCCGGUAUGAACUUGGAAAUUACUCUUUCAUCCAUUUCGUUGGUUCUUGUAAUGGUCUCGUUUGCUUGUUUGAUGUCCAAUAUAAUAUUGUGAUAUGCAAUGUGGCUACCAGAGAGCAUCUGAUGAUACCCUAUCCGAGUAAUUUAGAUGAUAGGAUAGGGUACGGUUUUGGGUAUGAUACUAUGGGGUAUGAUUAUAAAGUGGUGUUGAUUGAGAGGUUUUGUGAUUCAGAAAUUGAAAUUCUUAUGUCUAUAUCAAUGGUAUAUAGUCUGAAGCAGAACAAAUGGACAAGGAGUGUACAUGAUCUAUACUCAUGUGUGCAUCGCCAGGGUGUGUUUGUCAAUGGAUUUAUGCAUUGGGCUAUCUACUCUAAGCCGAAACGAGGCAUUGUUGCUUUUGAUCUUCAAUCUGAACGAUUUUGUGGUCAAGUACCCCUGCCUGAUCUCACUAGGUGUGUCAUGGAUGUUGGUGUCUUGAGAGGAUGCCUUUUGAUGACCGAGAAAAAGUCGUAUGCGGUUUGCUUAUCCGAUGAAUUAGGAGUGUGGAUGAUGAAAGAUUAUAUGAUAAAAGAUUCUUGGACCAAACUCUACUCAGUAAACCAUGUUUUAGUUCCCUGUGCGAUGAGUAGUGAUGAUAUUCCCCUUAUUCCAUUAUCUAGUGGAUGCCUCUUUUGGCAGAGAUAUCAAAUGGAGAAAAAAGGCAAGAUACAAACUGUUGGUUGUUGGGUGCAGCUCGCGGAUUCAGUAGUUUAUGGAGAAAGUGUCAUUCAAAUUAGUGCUUAUGCCGGGCUACCAGGAACAAGAGGCGAGCCUACAAUAGAAGUGAGGGGAGCGGGAAGUUCGUCGAAUGAACAGAGUAUGUGAUAGUCUUGUCAACAGAAAGAUUUCUCCUUUUUUCUUCGUAAUAGGUAACUGCAUAGUGCAUAAUUUUUGGCUACCCAUAAAUUUCUGAGUACUUGGCCAUUUUAUAUAUCUUCUGUAGCUAGUAAAGAGUGCUGGAUGUUAUAAGUAAUGAUAGCAGUUCUGAAUGCUGUAGUUGCUUUAGACCGUGACUUUUUAGUUGAGAAUAUCUUUUAACUACACAAGUUCUCCUUUUGUAUUGGAUGGAUUCUAUUCGUGAAAGUUGACGAUGUGAAAGGGAAAUAGAUCACUUAACAAGGAAAGACGCAGGAUGAUCUUUUUUUCUUUACCAUAUUUCUGCACAUGUAUGUAUCUUCUUCCUGUGUGGCAGGGAAAACCAAUGGCUUUAAAUGGAGUUGGGGGAGGUGCCUACAUUCUGUUUUUCUGAUUUUAACAUGUUGGGAAUUGUGUACUCUUCAGUGGAUGGGUCCGUUUGGGUCCCCGAUAGAAGCAAAAAAAUUUCACCGCGUCUCACAAAUGACGGGUGCGUACA